ACUUCCGGAAAUUGGUCUGGAAAUCCACAAAAAGAAAAAAUUGUCAUCGACUCAAAAAACACAAACACAGUUUUCAUACAACAGACAUCCUUUAAAUGAAUUGAAGAUGAUGGAUGUUACAAUUAAAACACUUGAUGGACAAAACAGAAGUUUUAGUGUACCAGAAAAUACAACAGUUAAACAGUUUAAAGAGAAGAUAGCAGGAUCAAUAAAUAUUGAUGUAGAAACACAGAGACUAAUUUUCCAGGGACGUGUGUUGCAGGAUGAAAAACUGUUAAAAGAUUAUGAUGUUCAUGGAAAAGUUAUACAUGUUGUUCAAAAGCCGCCGCCUAGUGCAAGACCAUCUGGAGCUAGUGCCACAUCAACAAGUACACCAACACCUGGUCCUACCCCAGGUCCACCCAGAGGUGAUGUCAAUAGCUAUGUCGUUGGUUCAUUCACAAUACCAUCAGACGUAAUUGACCCUAAUCAAGUACAGCAAAUUGUUCAGAAUGCUGUUCAGAACAUGGGAGAUAUGGGUAGGAAUGCCAGAGUAUCAACAAGAGCUUCAAAUGAUGGUUCUUCAGUUGAUGUCCACAUACAUCUUGGUCAAGUAGGAGGUCCAGCAAGAGUGGAGAGUGAAUCACAGCUCCGCAUCAAUAAUGCCAGACGCAUGUUACAGAUGGCCAGGGAACAAAUAACCAGACUUGAGAAUAUAGGACGAGCUCCUGGUGCCAGUGAAGAAUCUAACACAGAUAGACCAGCCACUAUGGAAGAAUCUGAAUCAGAAACACCAAGCACAUCUACCCCACCAACAGACAAUGAUAGGGAAAGAGAUUCCGAGGAUAUGGAAACAGAGGCAAGUACCCCAUCACAGACUGCUGAAGCAACAAACAGUAGCCGGACUGAAGGAGGAACAUCACAAGAAACUGGGACAACCACAACAGAGACACCUUCAUCUACUGGUAGUCAAGCAACAGGAGGUCAAGGGCAAGGUCAAUCUCAUCCACCUGGUUUAAUACGACCUCCGAUUACUUUAGUAGCAGAAGUUUUACAGGAAGUUCUAGAGGUUAAUCAGAGAUUACAACCUUUCCUAGAAAGAUAUCAAACAAUAACAAGAGAAGAUAGGACCCUUGAAGGACAGGCUUUAACAGAAGCACAAGAAUUAUGUAAUUUAGUUGGAGAAAUUCUUCAUACCAUCAGUCACAGUUACCAUAGUCUGAGUGACCUUAUGAUUGACCUUAGUCAGCCUCCUCCUAGACACCUGUAUGCUGCAUUCAUUUCACAGCAGGUACCAACUACAGCAGUUAUUCAGCAGACUAUACCAGUCAGAGCACAGAUUAAUAUUGGGCCAGCAGUUCAGAGAACGUCGGGUACCCAAUCCAGUGUUCCUACAAGUACAGGUGCGACACAGUCAAAUCAGCCUGUAACCAGUUCAACUGGUACCCAGUCAAGUGUGCCAACAACAUCAGCUGCAACAUCAACAACAGCUGAAUCUCAAGAACAAGCACGUGGUCAAGAAUCAGCACAACCCACUGCUGGAACAACAGGUUCACAACCAGUUAGUACAGAGAAUGGCACUACACCUAUGUUUAUUGAAAUGGGACCGGAAAUUGUUUCUGUCAGCAGUGUAACAGCUCAAAUAGUAACAGAAUCAGAAAAUCCAACAACAUCAUCAGGAAAUACAGGCACAACUACAACACACCAGAUACUACCAGAAGGUGCUGGACCUAUUACUAAUGAUCUGAUCAACAGUAUUGUUAACUCAGUUCUCGGAGGAAUUGCCAGGGGAGGCCCAAGAUUUGGUGGACCCUCUAAUGCAGUACAGAUAGAAAUUGGUCAAUCUGGUCAACCAAGAGCUCGAUUUGCCAGAUUUCCAAAUGGUUCUGGUGUUGGUAGAAUGAAUGUCCCAUCAGGUUUCAGUACGACAGCAACCCCAUCAACAAGUGCAUCAGGUACACAAACAAGUAAUGCUGAAUCAAACUCUUCUGGGACCCAGACUGGAACAUCAAACACAUCUGAAACACAGACACAAACACCAGGAAGACCCAGAACUACAGCUUUUGUUAUGCCUGGUGUUCCUGGAGCUGGAUUACCACCAGGCAUGAGUAUUGGUGGAAUGCCUGGAUUGCCUGGCAUGCCUGGUUUGCCUGGGUUUCCUCCUUCUGUGGAUCGACAUCUUCCCUGUUCAUCUCGGUACUUCUUCAGGCUACAAAGAGAUGAAGCCAGAAGAAACAGACCAUCAAAUGGAGAAAAUAAUCAGGAAGAAUACAUUAAUAAUAUGUUGAGUGGUUUUAUGCAACAACUUCAACAAGAAACUAAUCCUCACCUUCAUCACCCAGCACCCAAUGGUUCUAAUCAACCACCAACAAACACAACAGCUGCCAAUCAACAACCGUCAACAGCAUCAAAUGGUGCCACUGCUCCAAAUCAACAACAGCCAACAUCUAACCCUGGUUCAGGGCCAAUACCUGCUAUGAACAAUAGUGGGUCAGCUGAUCCUUUUGUACAGAUGUUACACCAAGCUUCAUCACAGAUGCCUGGUGUUAUUGGUAUACAGAUACAAGGAAUGCAGGAUGGACAGCCUGCCUUCUCUACAAUAUUUGGCAUGCCACCACCUGGACAGAGAAGGCCACCAGGAAAUCAGCCACCUCAGACAGGACCAUCUGCUGGACCUCCAGGAGAUCAGAAUUUUGCCACUAUGUUGAGAGAUUUCCUUCAGACAGCUUCUGCACAACAGAGACCAGCUGCACCAGCAUCAAGUACAACAAACACAAGCAAUAAUGGUACAACUGCCUCCUCAGAACAACCUGCAAUGACUGACGAGGCAUUUACACGUCUUAUCUCUGGUAUUGGUAGUAUGGUAUCACAAACAGCUAUGGGACAGCCACCAAGUCAGACUAUUUCACAGUUUUUGUCAUCCUUAGGGGAGGGCUACAAUACAGGGGAGGAAGGUGUGUUUAUAAAUGACCUUUUUAACUGUGUGUCAAGACACUUAUCCCUGCCUGAUUUACUGCAAGUCUUUUCUGGAAAUGCUGCAGCAUUAAACCGUUUACGAGCACCAUUACAAGAAUUUAUAAGAGGUCGAAUAUUAAACGAUGGUGAACCCACAAGAGAAAAUAUAGAAGCUGGUGUUAACAGGCUUAUAGCUAAUAUGACAAGUGAACUGAAGAGUGCAGAGGAAGUGACAGAAGUAAAACCAGAUAUAGAUUUUGCUGCCACAUUAAGUAAUAUUUGCAGAGUACAACUGACAGCCAUUUUAAGUAUGAUUAUGCAGACACGAGGUGGAGAUGUGCAGUUUGGUGCCAGAUUAUAUGAGAUGUUAAGACAAGCUUUAUCUGAAAGUGUAGUCCUUGCUAGAUAUUGUUUAGUUGGAGGAAUGCCAGCCUUGAGCAGACUUGUACAAAAUAGACUUGAGAACCUAACAAGGGGAGUUAAUCCAUUAAUUCAACAGUGGAUGGCCAGUACAACUACAGCACAGCUUAAUUCAUUUGUACCUUCAAUAAGGGUGACAGAAGAGCAAAUCAUGCACUAUGUUGUAAAGAAAGAUAAAACACCUAGUCGAGAAGCUCCAAUGGAAACCAGUCCAGUUGUCCAAUCUCCUGGUGCUUCUGCAGUUGAAUCUCCACAGUCAAUGGAAGUUGAAACAAAACUUGACAGCAAAUCAUCACCAAGUGGUGCCGCUAACGUUGUUAAGAAGCCAGUUUCCUUGACAACAUCACCAGGAGCAGCUGCUGUUGAGGAACAGGUAUCGAAUGGGGCCACUGGAGGGGAACCAUCAACUAGUUCUGAAGGAGAUACUUCUUGGCAGAAAGAGAUCCCAGAUGAAUGGGUACCUAUAAUAAAUGGUGAUAUAAAGAAACAGAAACAACAAAAACAUCAACCUCCUUUUAGUGAUGCUUAUUACCAAGGAAUGCCAGCUAAACGAAGGAAGUUAAAUCAACCAUUUGAUGCAUCAAAUCCUGCAUUAGAUUUGACAACUUCAAUAAGAAGAGCUGUGGCGUCUGCAGGUGUUGAACCAAUCAGUAGUAUUGAAAAUCUAACUAAAGAAAUUGAAGAUAAUCCUGAAUUAUUGACUGAAUACGAGGAACAUACAAGGAACUCAAUCAUUGACAGACUUCAGACAGAUUCAGACUUUGCUCCCGACAGAUUUCCAAAAUCUCACGAAUAUUUUAAGGGAAAUAAUAAAAAGUGAUAAUAUUGAUGUGGAAAUAAUGACUAGUGAUUUUUCAUCUUUAUUUAUGAAAUAAAUUGUGUAAAAAAAAAAUGUUGGUUAUAUAAGUACUGUGGAUUCAUUUAUUUUAGUGGGUACUAAUUUUUGUGGAUUGAACAAAACUUACACUUUGGUGGACAAUUAUUUUCAUGUUUCUGUCAAAGUCUGCAUACAAUCCAAUUAAAAAUUUGUAAUUUGUUACCAAUGAAAUUCACAAUAAUUGGUAUCCAACGAAAAAUAAUGAAUACACAGUAAUAGUUUUAUGUACAUGUAUAUUGUUUAAACUGGUAUGAAAAAAUAUGAAUAUACUGGGUAUUUUAUAAUUCGAUAUUUUGACAUUGGAACAUGAUCGGUAAUUUUUAUGUUUUAUUCAAGAAUAAUGUUUUUAUGAGGUAUUAAAGGUUUCAUGGUUUGUAGAUCCCAUGUAAGAUAAAGCUGAUAUGAGACAUAACUGUUAUUUGUCAUUAGUCAUUCAUCCAUUGCAACCUUUAAUACAAUUAAUUGAUGAGUUUUAACCAAUGUUUACGUAAUUCAUGUUUUACAAUGUACUGUUUUAGAAUACACCUUUAAGUCCUGCCAUUCAAACUGUACAGCAUCAUAUUGUGGUAUGAAAUAGAGAUUAAUCUUUAAAGGUGUCAGGGGCCUCAAUGGCCAAGUGAUCUAAGUACACUCAGCUCCAACUGUAGAUUGUGGUUCUCUCUGGUUACUCUGGUGUCAGGGGCCUCAAUGGCCAAGUGAUCCAAGUACACUCUGCUCCAACUGUAGAUUGUGGUUCUCUCUGGUUACUCUGACGUCUUCCCUAAUUAAAACUGACAGCACAAAAUACAAUCAGCAAAAAGAAUUAACAAAGAUAGCUUCAUCAACGGAAACUAGAAAAAGUAUCUAUAAAAGAAUUUCCUCAUUUUUUUACUAAUCAACUUUAUGUAACACAUUUAAAGGAGAAAAAAAUUAAAUAAAACUGAACUGCUUUUUUAAGAUGCCAUCAUGUAUAUUAACUAUUUAUAUAAAUUUCAUAGUUUCAUAAAGUGAAAACAUAUAAAUAGCCUAAAACCUUAGAUAGCAUUCAUAUUUGUUAAUUAGUUUGUAUUACUUUGUAUAGAUCUGCAAACUUCAACAUCUUCGAAUAAUGCUGCUUUCAAAAAUGUCAACUGGUUGAUAGUUUAUGCCCUUUAAGCAAUGUACUCUGAAGGAACCCUCCAAUUUCUCACUACCAUGAUGUGCUCAUUUAGUUUUUGAAUUAAAAUUGUCUUUGCAUAUUUUUAUAUAUUCCCUAUAUGCUAGGUUUUAGCAAAAGGUAUAGCAUGGUUGAGUUCGAGCAUUCCAUUGAGGUUUAAAGUGUGAUAGAGUAUUUGGUUCUGAAAAUCAUUAUCACAAUUUGAAAUAAGAAACUGACCACACCUUCACCAUAAGGACUUGGGUGUUAAUACCAAUAUAUAACACUGCCAUGUAGUUAACAUGGAUAUCCUUUAUCUUUUAAAACAUUAUUGAAAAACUGUAUUCAUGAUUUUUAAUUGGAUAUCAAAUUUUAUGGAUUAUGUCAGUACACAGGAACUUCAAAUUUAAAUGUUUCAAAGAACUUCAUAUUUUUAAAGAAAUGUAUGCAGACUUGGCAAAACAACGAAACAAAUAUCCAGGAAAAUGAGUUUUCCUUAAUCCUUGAAAAUAGAUACCCAUCAAUCCAUACUAGCUUAUUUCAAAGGGAGAAUUUGUUUAUAUAUUUAUAUAUAUUGGCCAUAAUGAGAAGCUAAACUGAUCAAUUUAAAUAUCAGAAAGUUGAUUUCAAGUGUAAAUCGCAUGUAAGAAUAAGUACUGGUAAACGAUUUUGUAUUUUGAAUUACUUCCACAUUGGGAAAUAUGUAUUAUAGUAAUUUAAUGUGUAGCUGUCUCUGUUUAUUUUUGUGUACUGAUAUGAUAAACUCUAUUUGUAAUAAGAAUUAGAGUGAAUCAGAAUUCUGAAAUUGUCCUCAACAGAGCUUCAAAAUGAUCCCAAAGGUUUAUGCCAAACCUUUUUCUUUUUUGCACCUUUGCAAGAAGCAGUUUGUUGUAUUGAUUUGAAAGAAAAUUUCAUUAUAAAAUUUCCUUCUUUUUACUUAAAUGCUGAAUAAACCCUACUAGUUGUAAUUUUAUGUGAUAUUCUAAUGUAAAGAUAAGACUUAUCCAUUUUAUAUAUAAUGCUAUGUUUACAGAUUAAUUUCUGCUCAUUUCAAAAGGAAUUUAAUUAUAGUAGAAUAUGAAUAUAAUUUUAUAGUGAAACCGGUUUUGUUGCCUAAACAGAAAUUUCUUACAAAUAUUAAUAAAAUAAAAUUUUAACUGUUAUCAUGUCAUUUUCGAACAUAUUUUAAUUACUCUGGUUUCAAUUAUUUCGUGUACACCUAUUUUUGUUGAUUAAGGGGAAAAAAAUUGUGGAUAUUAAAUUUGAUUGCUCUAUCAAAGUCUGCAUACAUGCUUUUAUAACUUCAUUUAACAUUUUAAUUCAUGGUUAAACUAUAAUCCAGAAAUCCACAAACAUUGGUAUCCCACUUACAGUAAAGAAACCACAGUAACCCCAGUUAAUUGUAUGAUCAAAAGUUACAAAUGUAAAUUGAAAGCACAUUAAACAGCAUUGAAUCUUAAUGCAUAUAUAUUUUAUACAAAUCCAUUGUCUUACAGUAAAUAUCAUUGAUACACAGUUGACACUUCUAAUGAAAUGGACUCAAAAAGAUUCAUUUUCUUAAUUUGUCAAUCAUAUGAAAACCUCUUUAGAUAGCUUGUUUUACAAUCUAAUUUUGUGAGAUGAUGUAAGCAAUUAAUCUUGUUUUGCAUGUUUGUGCUUUAAAGUGGUCACAAAAAAUAGAAUUCAAAAUUAAGUAUUUAUGUGAAAUAUGAUAUCAAUUACCUGAAUAAAACUUUUCUGAUUAAACAUCAUUCACAUUAAUAUAACAUUUACCUCUUUGGCUUUAUAGAAUUAUGACAGGAGUUACAUCUAUCUAAAUUAUGGAUUUUUUUGAAGAAUGGACAAAAAUUCAAAAGACUAUUGAUUGUGAUUUUGCAAUAAUAAAAACCUUUCAAUAAUUGCUAAAUUUACAUUAUUUCAAAUUUCAACUUUCAAGACCAUUUUAGCUUAUAUUUCACUAAUGUCUCACUUUGUAACAUCAUUCUGACACUCCCUAAGUUCCGUCUGGAAACUGCAUCCCUCUAAGUUCAUUUUAAAUAAUAUUGCACUGUGUUACAACAACUCAUGAACUGAAUACUAUACCACUUUGUAAUUCAUUCUGAAUACUAUCCUAAUACUUCAUAAUUUCAUUCUGAAUAAUACAUCUCUUUAUAAGAUCAUUAUAGUAUGUAUCAUUUUUUGUAAGUUUUUGGUAGUUAAGAUCUUAUGUUACAAGUUCGUGUAUGUGUACCAAUUAUUUUACUUUGUAACUUUCUGCUACCAUAUGACUCAUUUAUUAGUUCAUGCUAGCAAACAGAUAAUUUUAUAAGUUCAUCAUUUGUUAAGUCUCAUUUGUAAGCAUUUGCUGACCAAUAAAUCACAUUGUAAGAUCAUGCUGAGCAAUAUUUCUUUUGUUAAUAUAAGAUGGUAUAUAUCUGAUUUUGUAUGCUAAUGCUAGACCCUAGGUUCCAGAAAUACACACAGUGAAAGUAUUUCUUUUGUUGUCCCAAUAUUAAUGUAUUGCAUUGCAUAUUAAAGGCAUAUACAUUUAAUCUUUCAAUUCGGUUUCUCAGUCUCAAUUUCAAUAUUAUUUAGAAGACAGAGGGAAAAAAAGAUUGUUCAUUCCAGCUGAGAUGAUAUCAUUGAUACUAGAACUGAUAUAAAUCAGAUUUUUUAUAAAUGUCUGUAAUUCAUAUGGUUAAUCAUGCAGGGUUUUAAGGUCAAGUCCAAAAAGAUGAUAGUUAUCCUAGAAAAUUACAAUGUCUGGCAUCUUGAUACAUCUAAGAGAGAUAUUUUCUGGUAAAAUAGAACAUUAUCACAAUGACUUAUGGAGAACAGUUCCUCCAAAACGCUUGUUAGUUAUUCUUUCAGUCUGCAUGUGCAUGAUGUGAGUACAGUGCUCAACAGUUUCCUAAAGUAGACCUCAUGGUCAAUUUGUGGCAUUCACCACUGAAAUGCAAAUGAUUGUAUGUAAUUGACACCUGAAGACACUUAUUUCAGGUUAGGAAUGACUCACUGGAGUUGGCAGUAUUCUUUUAUCCAUUGGAACUAUGUGAUAACUCCGGAGUGGAGAUGGUGCAAAAUUCUGAGAUGAAAUUAUAUGUAUAUAUUAAAUGCUUGUGCUAGUUAUUUAAUAAAAUUUGGUACACUG